AUGGCUCCUGGCUCUCCCUGUUUUGUCGACCAUAAGGAUUCCCUUGAACCUCGCCAGUCGACAGAUAUGGAUGAGGACGAUGGCAUACCGGCUGACACUGCAACAGGCGAGGAAGCCGACACAAUAAUCACUUCGUUCAUUGAACGCAUUUCCAAAAUUUCGGUAGCUCCUUCUUAUGGGCAAAUUACCUGCCCUGUCGUGGUCCCUCAACGACGACCCGGAAAUAAAGCGAGAGGUUUCAUGAAAGCCUAUGCUCCAAUGCUAUCCCAAUGUGGCAUCACCCAGGAGCACUUUCAUGAGUUCAUCGACGCUCUGAAUAAAGCAGUCCAGGCUUCUAAAUGGAUUGCUGCUGUGCAAAUUGUAGCAUUCGGGGCUUCGUUCGUGCCGAACCAAAUCUCGAUGGGCGCGACGGCGGCAGUGCAGGUAGUAUCAGCAGUCGCAGCAAAGGCACAAAUUAGAUGGAAAGUGAACUCUUUUAUAGAUAAGGCAAAUCGAGAACUAUUCUGCCCUCGAGGACUCUACUGUAUGAUUGUGACAUACAACCCUCUCGCGCAGAAACAGCAAGAAGACCUCGAUAGGUCGGUACAAAGACAAUUUGCCAGCGACACUUCUGACCUCUCUGGAAGCAAAUGGCCGGAUAAAGUCAGGAGAAACUUGCGUAAUCCUUUUUCUGCUACUACGGAAGGGGAGCACAAUUUACCACCAGAAAUUGCACCCCUAAUAUUCUCGGACGAUGAGGAUGAGAACACUGAGACAAGGAAGAAAGCGAGACCUUGGGAGAAAAUGAAUAAUUACUUUGAUAAUCGCGCCCGGGCAAGAUAUGCUAGUGAAAGCAACCAUGAUACUUUAUCCUCAGCCCCUGAAUCUAAAUUCCAACAUCGAUUCCUUGAUCCUAAUCACCCGGCCAGUAAUGGAGGUCUUCUUGGCUUGAUAUCGGGCGGGCGCCUUACGAUUGACCCAAAAAAGACAAUGGAAAGCGCGAAUAGUUUAUAUGAGCAGCAGGAAAAGCUUAUAUAUGAGCAACAAGAUAGCCAGUUGGAGCUGCUUCGCCGUCAGUUCCGCGCCAUGGGCUUCUCUGAACAACAGCAACGCCAGCAUAUCGCAACCUACGAGUGGCAAUUCCAGUUGCAGCGAGACCAGCUACAGGCCCAGAGGAAUGGAAUGGAAAUUAUCCCCAGAAAAAUCUUGAGGAAUGUUCUUUAUCUCAUGAUUGUGAACCUGCCAACUGAGGAAGAAGUUGAGGCUGCUAGAAUGGCGAUGAAUGCGGAUGAGGACGACGAUGGCAGCCAAAGAAGCUUCGCGAGCAUGGUCAACGUUCAAUAG